GUUUCCGCCUCUACUCGAUUGCUUUCGGCUGUUCCUCCUUAAGCAUCGACGAUGGCCAGGCUCAAUUGGCCGCCCUGGGCUGCCAUUUUAUGGGAAGAAACAACAGUGCAAAGAACAGGGAGAAUCUUUAAAGAAAGAGACACAUGGAAAUGGCCAGUGUCCUUUGUAACAGAUCUAGACUGGUGUCGUACCUGCCAGGAUUUUAUUCUUUGGUUAGAAGGGUUGUAACUCCCAAGGCAUUUUCCACAGCAGGAUCCUCUGGCUCAGAUGAGCCUUCUGUUGCUGCUACACCUCCUGACAUAUGUCCAAGAACAGUAUGGCCAGAUGAAGUAAUGGGACCAUUUGGUCCCCAGGACCAGAGAUUUCAACUACCGGGUAACAUUGGCUUUGAUUGCCACCUAAACGGUACAACGUUUCCGAAGACAAGACAAGUUCAUAAAAAAUUGCCUGACGUCUUAGUGGAGCCCUUGGCAAGUGAGAGGCAUGAAUUUGUGAUGGCUCAGUACAUCAAUGAGUUCCAGGGUAGCAGUGCUUCUUGUAAGCAGGAGGUUAAUAACGCAAAGACCUACUUUGAAACUGCAAAGGUGGAAUGUGCAAUACAAGCAUGCCCAGAACUGUUACGUAGAGAUUUUGAGUCACUGUUUCCAGAUGUAGCUUCCAAUAAUCUAACAGUAUUAACCGUUACCCAGAAAACCAUAAAUGAUAUGACUGCAUGGAAUGAAGAGGUAGAAAGCGAACGAGAAGUUCUGAUAGAAAAUUUCAUCAAUGGUGCCAAGGAAAUUUGCUAUGCUUUGUGUGCUGAAGGCUAUUGGGCAGAUUUCAUUGACCCAACUUCAGGGUUGGCUUUCUUUGGCCCUUACACAAACAACACCCUUUUUGAAACAGAUGAACGCUAUCGCUGUCUCGGGUUCUCUGUGGAGGACCUUGGCUGCUGUAAAGUUAUUCGUCAUAUUCUCUGGGGAACUCACGUGGUGGUGGGGAGCAUUUUCACCAAUGCGACGCCUGACAGCCCCAUCAUGAAGAAACUGCGUGGCAAUUGACGACUGUCGUCUUACUUGAAUCAGUCAAUAAACACUGUUGGGACAACCAAAUUUUAAGUUACAUUGAUUUUUAGAUAAUAAACAGUCUAUUAUUUAUUUUAGUCUUCAUGGAGCAUGUAGUCUCUGUACAUGAUUCAAAAGGUAGUAAUACCACAAUUUAUUUGUGUUGUAUGUAUAUAUAGCAUAGGAUAUUUUGAACUAAGUAUUACUUUCCCAUGUAUGAAAUGAAACACACAGUAAUCCUGUUGGAGCCAAGCACCAACACGUUAGCAGCAUUUCUGUCUGUGCCUUCCAGACCAAACAAUAGUUUCAGUUGCAAAAAAAAAAAAUGGUAUAGGUCAUAAACUCAUUGCAAUUUCAGCAACAUUUCUUUUGCAUCUCCCAUUUUUUUAAUUUUGAUAAAGGUUCAGAGGUUUGGGGAUUUGGUGGUCGAUGUAGUUGUACAGAUGGAUAUAAUUAAAGGAAAACAAUCUUCAGUCAUUCCUCUGUAUCAGAAACAGUCUCAUCUCAUCAUGUUUUAUUUGGAAUGUAUUUUAAACAAGAGGCUUUGGCCAAGCAGAAAACCCAGCAUCAUAUUUAAAGUGAAUGUGGAUGAUUACCUGACCAUGAAGAGGAGGAAAAAGGAGCCAAACCAUGGAUAAGGUGGUUUCUGGGACAGCAAACCAGGCCAGAGUCUAUGUAUGUGUAGUAGAUCCUGAUCUAAUCUUCACUGCAGAAAUAAUACAGUUUGACAUUGCUUUAACUACCAUGGCUCCAUCCUCAGGAAUCCUGGGAUUUGUAGUUUGUUGUGGCACCAGGGCCUGUGGGAGUAGACUGAUGAAAUCAGUUGCUGAAUGGUAAGACAACACUUAUGUAAAUCUCAUCCAUACAUGAUAUUCAACCUGUAAUAGAAUCUACUCUGAGCAUCACUAGCAUCAUGUUUCCCAAGUUAAUGCCUACUGUUUUGCCAAAGCUUUCAAAUAGAAAAUUUUCAGUAGUUACUAGGAAAAUCCAUCGUUACAGUGUGUGGCAUGUAGUUUUUUCUAAAGAAGGGUUAUAUACAUGGACAUGUUUGUACUUGCAUGUGUGUACACGUGUAUACACACAUACUGUAAUAAUUUUUCCAUAACUUUUUAUUGUGGUGGUUAAAGGUGUACACAUUAGCUUGCACUCUGUGUCUCAGUCCUGGUUUACAUAUGCAGAAGGGAAUGUGGUUUGAAUUAUUUCCAUGGACUUUUUAAACUAAAAGAUGCCAUUAAAAUAGUAUUUUAAAAGCUGGUAUUAAAGUAAUUUUUACUUAA